AUGGACAGGAAAGCGUUUGGGACUUAUGAGCAGCGGAGCACCGUCUUUCUCUCCAACAACGAUGAGGUGUACAGGAUUCCUGCUCUGUUCUAUCACCCAGAAAAAAAGGUUCUGCUGGCCUUUGCAGAGAAGAGGAGAACCUCAAACGAUGCCAGUACAGAGGAUCUGGUUAUGAAAACAGGAACGCUGAUGAAAGAGGAACUCACUCAUGAAAUAAGUGUUCAGUGGUCCGAGUCCAGAAAGGUGGUGGAGAAGGGACAUCUUGGUGGACGUCGCCCCAUGAAUCCCUGCCCGGUCUACGACAAGACAACCAAAACCCUCUUCUUGUUUUUCAUUUGCGUUGAAGACAGUGCUUCUGAAACAUGGCAGAGGUUCUGGGGCAUCAACAAGGCCCGCCUCUGCUACAUCACAACCAGAGACGCCGGUGACACCUGGAGCUCGGUCACCGAUUUGACAGAAAAUUUCCCUCAAACCAAAAAGUGGGCGACGUUUGCCGUGGGUCCGGGUCACGGCCUCCAAACAGAGAGCGGUAGAUUGAUCGUCCCCGCCUACGCUUACGUUUCCCGCUUCCCCUCCUUCACCUGCAUCUCGUGUGGCUUGGCCGUUUCACGCGCGUUCUGCUUCUACAGCGACGACCGAGGCGUCACGUGGCAGUUGGGCGACCUCCUGGAUGAUAAAUCGGUGGAAUGUGAAAUGGCUGAGGUGUUGGAUAGCAAAGGUGGCGCUUACGUUUACUGCAAUGCUCGCAAUGAGGGAGGUUAUCGAGUGGAGGCAGUCAGCGACAACGGAGGAGAGGACUUCAUCACCCUACCGUCCGCUGAGCAGCUCGUGGAAACAGGUCGAGGCUGUCAGGGGAGUGUGGUCUCCUUUCCGGCUCAGCCUGGUUCGAAUCCGGAGCCUCGGUGGCUGCUUUACUCCCAUCCAACCAGUCAGUCCAAAAGAGUGGAUUUAGGGGUGUAUAUUAACAAAUCCCCACCGGAUCCAAAUGCGUGGAGCAGCCCUUGGAUCCUUAACGAGGGUCCCAGUGGUUAUUCAGACCAGGCCUACCUUGGUGAUGGCUGGUUUGCAUGUUUGAUGGAGCGUGGAGAGGUGUCUGAAAUUGAAGAGAUAGCAUGCAAAGUCUACAGCUACGUUCAACUAAAGAAAGCCAUUGGAAACUGACAGUGCAGUUUUAGUAACGACAGAGGUU